AUGGCUCCAGGCGUGCUGCUCGCGCUGGUCGUCGGCGGCGCCAGCGUCUGCUACUACGUAACCCAGCUACGAGCGCGCGUGCGAUUGCUCGACGACGAGGUGCGGAAGAAGGAAGCGCAGCGCCAGGAAGAGCGCGCCGGGCGCACCUCGGCCGAAAAGGAGCUCCGGGCGCUGCUGCAAGCCAAGCUCGAUGUCUCGGCGGGCUACUACAUCCAGCCAAUCGCGACGCUGCGCUCGGUCUUCCACCAAUGCAUUGGCACGCCGCGCCAAGGGUACUUGGCGCCGGCAACCCGCGCGCACGUCGUGUGUCACACGAGCAUCUCGCCCGAGGCGCUCGACGGGCUCGAGGCCUUUAGCCACGUCUGGAUCACGUUCAUCUUCCAUUGCAAUACGAACAGCAAGAACGCGCGGGCGCAUGCCGGCUUGCGCACCGAGGCGGGGACGGCCCACACGUUUCGCGCCAAGGUGAGUCCGCCUAUGCUCAAGCAGCGCAUGGGCGUUUUCGCGACGCGGACGCCCCACCGACCCAACCCGAUUGGCAUCACGCUCGCCAAGGUCGAGCGCGUCGACAAGGCCGCGCGCACGGUCGUCGUGUCGGGCAUCGACCUCGUCGAUGGCACGCCCAUCGUCGACCUCAAGCCGUACGUCCCAGCCUACGACUGCAUGGACCCGACAGACGUGGCGGUCGCGCCGUGGAUCGCCGCGACCGUAUCGACGCAGCGGUCGGUCGCGUGGGCGCCAGAGGCCUUGGACGCGCUGCUGCACCUGUCGCGCCCGAGCACGUUUUACGCCGAGGACCAUGCCCGCCUCUGCGACGCCAUCACGCAGGUGCUCGCUGUCGACGUGCGCAGCGUGGAGCAGACAAGGAAGAUGGCCGGCCGCGUGAACCACCUCGCCUUUGAUGCGCUGGACGUGCAGUACGAAGUCCAGGACGCUCAAGUCCGCGUCGUCGGCGUUGGCCGGCGCUGA